CUCUUAUUGCAUGCUUUGAUUGAACAAGUCUUAGUCAAUGCUCACCAUACCCCAUUGCCCCCUGAUCAUUUUCUCCUCUCCUUCAUUCCUUUACCAUUACUCCUCCAAAGUCCAAACCACACCCUUCAUUGCUAGAACAAUAAUCUAUGCAUAAGAAAUUGAAAAGGAGAUAAAGCAUAUUUUUUUCUUUUAAAAGAUCAUAGAUGGGUCAAGUGAUACAUGUUGCGGUGGUGGCAGCAUCCUUGGGAUGUGUUUCAACCCUUUUGAUGGUUUUUAUAUGGCGUUUGUGUCACCACAAGAAAGAGCACAGAAACUUUGUCCAACCCAAUAGUUUGGCCAGAAUGGAGAGCCUCCAAGCAGGAAUUGCAAGACUUCAUCAACAACCAACAAUCUAUCACCAAUUUGCUGAUCACAAAAACAAAAACAAAGGCAACUUUUAUGUGUUUCAUAAUGGUGUCUCUAGAAGAGGACAUUUGUUUAAUUGGGAUGAUCAUCCCUACCUUCUUGUUGAUGCUGUGGAAAAUGGUUGGUCUAGAUUUGCUUUUACUAACUACAAGAGCAACAUGCCAUCUCCUUCAAAGAGAUCAACCUCAACCCUUUUAGGAGCAUGUGCUGCUGGUGAAUAUGGAAGGGAAACUGAGGCUGAGAUAAGCUGGGAAGUGUGUAAUGGAUCAGCUGAAUAUAUGCAGAAGAUUAGGCUCAAUCCUGGGUUGAAAUUUAAAAAUGUUCUUCACACAAACAACUUUUCCAAUAUGACUGUUGCUUCUGUCAUUAGGACUGCUCUGCCACUUCCUGGCCCUCCUUUGGGGAACUAUGCCUUCCCACAAGAGGCCUAUUUUGAAAUCACCAUCUUGUGUUCUUGUGUCGAUGAUGAUCAUGAAUCAGUUGUCGCGAAGAGAGAAGGUGAGAAGACAAAACUCCUCAUUGAAGAUGGUUCAAAUGGAACAGGUGAAUUGGACAGUGUUGAAGAAAUGAAACUUGGACAGAAAGAGGGUGGUGGAAAGAGUGGUGGAUCUGUGAUGUUCUCAUUGGGGUUAACAGCUGGAGGGGGUGUUCCUUUGAGAGUUCCAGGUAGCUACCUUCGGAGCAUUGGAUUCAAUUCCAGUGGUUCUGUCUUUCUUGAAGGAAUGAAACUUGUAAUGGAGUCUGAGAAGGCACAAUGGGUAGGAACUGAUAGGGUAAUUGGUUGCGGGUUUGAUCCAAGGCAGAAAAAGGUUUUCUUCACAUUGGACUCAGAGUUGGUGCAUGUCAUUCACUGUCAGUCAGAGGAAUUUGGCACUCCACUCUGUCCAACUUUGGCUGCAAAUAUAGACAUUCAGGUUUUGGUUAAUUUUGGACAAAGUGCAUUCAAAUAUGCACCUGCAAAUGCACAAAGAACACCAAAUCCAUGCUUCAUAGCCCCACUUGUGAAUUCCCCUGGUGCUACCCUUGGUUAUGAUGACAGCAAGGAGCUCUUCUCCAUGGGAAGGAUUGAUUCUCAGUGGCUUAAUCGAUCCGCAAACAAAGGAAACAUCCCCAAUGGGAAUAAUACUCAAAUCUUAGAUUUUGAUGAGGCUGAUCUAUUUGAAAUAGUCUUGGAUGGUUCAGAAAAGUCUCAAAACACAGUGUCAUAGCUCAUAGCAAAGGAGGCAUAAUUCAAUGUGGUUGUCUUGUCUCAGGGAAUUAACCUUAUUUCUCCUUGCUCAAAUACCCUUUGAUCUCUCUUGGACCCUUUUUCUUUCUCCUCAAAACAUAGUGCGGUAACUGGAGAGGAUCUAGGUCCAUUCAAACAUGGGUAUGGUAUGGCUUUGCUGCACAUACAUCACCUUCAUCUGAGAAGCAUAUUCGGCUGCCAUAGGGGCUUAAUGAAUCAGUCGUAUAUUGAAUGUAGAAAACACACCGAAAGAAGUUCAUAUACAUGGCUGACUUUAUUGUCAAAUGUGGAGAGUUUAACACUGACUAACUAGUCAUAACAGUUUUUUUUUUUUUUGUCUCUUCUUUUCUAUUCUUAGCUCUUAGAACAUAGUUUUCUUCUUUGGUGGCUAAGCACCUAGUUUUGCUUUUCAGAAGAAAACAUUUCCUUUCAUAUGUAAAUAACUAACUAUGUAAUCUGAUGUAGUAUAUUACACUUUCUGGCUUUUUCUUUCAA